AUGUCUUCAGCAGUCGCUGUGGGUCUCGGCGCGCUCGGUGCCGCGUUCGCCGGCCGUGUCGCGUGGCAGAUGAUGAGCCGUGGUGCCGCCGAAAAGUUUGUCAAGGGUGGGUUCAAGCCCAAGAUGGACCGCAACGAGGCUAUCGCGAUCCUGGGUCUGCGUGACCCCCUCACCGUCAACAAGCUCAAGGAUGCACACCGCCGCCUCAUGCUCGCCAACCACCCAGAUAAGAAUGGCUCAGCUUACGUAGCUGGCAAGAUCAAUGAGGCGAAAGCUCUUCUUGACAAGACGGUCCGCAAGUAG